CAAUCCAUCUGCCUUAACCCUCCGCCUUUGUCCCGAUUCCAGCCCUUUCGACUGCUGCACUAGAAACACCCGUCCAACUACCACCUACAAUACUCUACUCCUCCACACACCCGCCAAUAGACACUUUGAACCACGACCAUUGAUUUCUCGACAUCCUACUGCGCAACUAUGUUGGAGAAGCAAGAAUAUGUGCCACGGGACGACGAGGCGAGGCAUGACACACCCAGACUGCCGCUCUCGUUGUCUGGCGAAAUCAAUGCUGCGACCCGAUCCCUACACACAAACCUGAACCGCCUCAUUACCUCCCGUCUCCCGCUUGGCCUCCCACCGCAUACCACAGACUCGACGCUUUAUGCGACAGGCCUGCUACAUUUUGCACACAUCUUCCUGACCUUUGAAUCCUUGUGGGCCGACUUAUUGCGCGAUUAUGCCCCGUCCAACUCACCCUAUAUGCCUGCACAGCCAGCAAUGGACCCGGAAGGUGCUACUUCGCCCUUUUCGCCAUUGCUAUCCUAUCUCCUUGUAAAUCCCUACGACUCGCCCUCACUCUUCACAUCAACCCUCGGCGCGCCAACGCCCCCAUCUCCGCAACUUACUUCUUUCCUGCAAUCUCUACGGCCGAGAGGCCUGAUACGCUCGGGCCGAUUAAAGAGGGACUUGGAAUACCUGCUAGGCCUACACCCCACUGAUCUCGAGGUCCUAUUGGCAAAGUACCCGGGCGACAAGGUUGCGCAAUUUUGCACGCACAUUCGGAAGAGCGUGAAUGAGAAGCCUUGGACGCUAGUCAGCUACGCUUGGUGUUUCUACAUGGCCAUCUUCUCGGGCGGCAGAUGGAUAAGAGGAGGCUUACUCCGUGCCCCACCAAGUUUCUGGCCCACAGCAGCUACCACUGGUUUACAAGAAGAAGCGGAUCAACCUCCGGAUCUGAAAAGUCAAGGUCUCUCCUUUUGGCAUUUCCCCGGCCCUCAUGAUGGCGAGGAUAUCAAGGCGGAAUUCAAACUGCGGUUGUCUGCUGCCGAGACGCUUUUCACGCCCGACGAACGCAUCGACAUCAUCGAAGAGGCCAAGGCGAUUUUCAAACAGUGUGCUGAGCUGGUUGAUGAGCUGGAUGACAUGAUUGGGACUAAUAUCCAUUUUUCACCAAUGAAUGCUGCUAACGACGCUGUGCGCGACGAGCACCACUAUCACCACCAAUCAGAAAAACAACAAGAGGACGAAGUAAGGGUGGAGAUGUGUCCACUCGAAAAGUCCGGUCUCAUUGAUCCAAACGUCAUGCGUAGGGCGCAGAGACAUGCUAGUCUGAGUAAACCGGAGCUAGGACUCAGGUCGUGGAUCAAGAAACCAGAAGUCUCGGGCACAGUGCUGGCCAUGGGGUGUUUGGCCUGCGUUGUUUUGUUCAGACUGCAGUGAUUCAUUGCAUCCGGAUAUUUAUAUUUUUUCUUUACUUGUUUAUUUUCAAAGGUGCAUAGUUUGCGGCUGCCUGGGUGUUUUGGCAUAUAUA